AUGCAGUUUCACAAGACCUUCAAACGAUUGAAGCAGUAUGACUCCAUCACACUGCGGGUAGGGCCACAUGAAGUGAGCAGCUUGAGCAUGACGCGACUGGUGAAGAAUCAUCGCAAGUGGGUAGCCAAGAUCAUGAUUCUUCUCCUUGACCUGGCCGGUUUCAAGGAGACAGUGACGUGGGAUGGUUUCCUGUAUGUGACGAUGCAGUUCUGCGCCUUGUCGAAGCUGGAGUUGUGCCAGGUGAUGUUCUACGUGGUCUGCAAAGAGAUGAAAAGUUGGACAGUACAUUACUUGACCAGCAGUCAGCUGGAAGAGUUCUAUGAUGACUACUACUCGUGUCCGGUGGCGGCCUUCAAUACCCAAAGCAUCGAUUUUGCCAAGGUCCCCUUGGCCAAGUACCGGAUGCAGGACUUCAUAGAGCUCUGCUAUCGAUUUAGCCAGCUGGUGAAUCCCUGUAUGCAUUUGCAGAGGUCGCUGCAGCAGUCCUUACCUUCGCUGAGAUUUUGGUCUGAUUACGACACUGUGAAGGUCUACAACCGGAAAAUCACCAUAGAUUUCUUCCGCUUCAAAAAGGUGACCAACAUGUUGGAGCUGAUGCAGCGUCAGGCGGGCCGCGGUCUGGGACCCAUCCAGCAGCAUCGCCUGACGAUGAACGAAAGCUUCGCGGUGGUGGAGAACUCGAGUCCGGGAUUCAAGGACGAUAUCGACAAAUUCCGAAAUCAUGUCUUGAAAGCCAUGGACCUCUGUCGUCCUGCAGAAUGCGGCGUGUUGCCACUGCCAACCCUGGGUGUGCGUCCACCUGAAAAAGUGAAGCUCGUUCGUGAGAUGCGCUUACCCAAGUGGAUGCACAGCCACUUAGAGGCCAAUGAAGCUCCAGGAAUGCAUGGAGGACAAGCUCUAGGCCAUGCUGCCCAACUGGAAGCUAACAAGAGGGAGAAGGUGCCCUCCAUGUUGUCGGCCUCGUUGAUGCCCAAGUCAGUGCAGGAGGCUGAGGAAUUGAUCCGCUCCACCUUCGGAGAGAUGGCGCAGCAGAGCAAAAUCAAAGAGAUCGCGGCGAAUCUGUUCCAGCAUGCAGCCAAGCCUCCAAGCGAAGAUUCGCGCGUGAAAUCUGUGGUGCGAAGUCAGGAAUUGGAAUUCAUCCGGAUGAGCCGACAGGAAGUGGAGCCUCCCAACCUGGUGCGUCCCUUGGACGAUCGGAAAAAUACAAUCCAUGGAAGGCCUUGCCAUGUGCUUCAGCGUUUUUUUUUUUUUACCGUGUUAGAAUGUUUCGUAGUUGAAAAAAGAAGGAACAUAAGUUAA